CUGCUGUCAGCGACGCCCGUAUCAUUGCACCUUCAUUGCUCAGGUCUUCUGCAUACAGGUGUUUUCUGCCGAGCUCCCCGUUUCUCUUGAAGCAAAACACUACCUUGCCUCCUUGGUGUGACAACCCGUCGUCCACCCUGAUGGAUCUACCCGCCACCUCUGUUGGACCACAGGUUGAAUUUCAGGAUGAGAAACGUCAGAUGCUGCUGGGUAAAUUGAAAGACACUCUGGAUUGUACCGUGUCUCCAACGGCCUGGGCUUGUCUAUGGCUUUCCGAUAUCUCGACUCUGGAAGAAAAAGUGGCGCCAGUUAACCCUUCCCAGCUCGAGAUCAACCGGUCCUUCCUCGAGAACUUUGACCUUGGCGUAAUAGUCCGCCAGUGGUCUCAACGGCACCGCUCGAAAUCGACCACGUCAAGUCCUCGAUCCACUCCCUCAGUACGAUCCAAAGCCUCUUUGCCAUCGACCCCACUGCAACAGUUGGCGAGAAGCGACCAACCAGAGGCGCAGGAAUCUGAAUUGCAGCCCGCAACAUCAGUAACAAUGAUCACCACUCCAACUCGCGGUGUGAAGUGUAAAGUGGGGGACGUCGAGACCAAACCGACAAUGUCGAAAAGAAUGCAGGGGGAUAAUGAGCCUCGAUCGAUCAUCGCCAAAGAAGAAUGCCGCAGAAGAGAUGGGGCCUUGUGCAUUCUGACAAAGUAUCCGGACCCCAUUGAUGUCGCCCAUAUCUUUCCCUUCUCUAUGGGCAGUGACAAGCAGGAUAAGAGCUUUUGGAACUUACUCAAAAUUUUCUGGUCCCAAGAACGUGUCGAUGCAUGGUACAAUGCGGUUUUCCAGCGAGGAACCGAAGUUUUAGAAAACCUGAUGUGUUUCGCUCCACACGUGCAUCGCUGGCAUACAAAAGGACUCUUCGCUCUACAGCCUGUGAAAAUGUCUGAAGACGGUAAAUGCCUGACACUGAAAUUUUACUGGCUCCCAAGGCGUUCAACUUCGGUUGAAAUGGACAUCAUGGACACCCCUUCCAUUCCCGAGGAUCUCACUGGACUGCCCCGGAACCUCAAAGCCUGGAAUGUGAUCACCGAACGCAAAAUCUGUUCAGGCGACGAAAUACACCUCGAAACACCCGAUCCGGAUAAUCUCCCUUUGCCAGAUGUGCGGAUACUAGACAUGCAGUGGGUGUUGCAGCGUCUCAUGGCAUUAAGUGGAGCCGCUGAGCCUUGUGACAAUUACCUCAACGAUGACGACGAUGAGGAGGGAGACCCUGUGAGCGUUGAGGGCUCACAAAUCGACGAGGACGAUUAUGGAUGGGUAAGCGGCUGGGUUCACAAUCAGUCUGAGAUAUCUGUCCGUUGAUAGAUGGUGAGCUCCAAGCUCUGUAUCGGGUGCUUGAGCAAGAUGACCGAAGGUUGAGGAUAAAAUGGUCUCAUUGUCUAUCAAUAUGUUCAUUUAUAUUGAUAACUCUCUCCAACAUCAGCAAUGAUGGAAGACUAAGCUACAAAGACUUCCCUCCAUGUUAUCAAUGCCAACUCUAUCAGGUACACUUUCACUCUCUUUGACACAAUCCAGCGUCGACGGAUAUACAGACAGCCGCAUUAUACUCACAGGGUGUUUUUCUAAACCAAAGUAACCAGAAGGGAUGUUUUUUCACCGCGGUAAAAGAACAUAGUUUUGGCGGCGCGGUAGGCGCUUUCAGACUCUGCUGAGACUGCGGAACCGAUCACUUGGCUAACUCAGCCCGCUUCUGGCAAACAGACUUUGAGGAGCUUCUUAGGGAAGCACGGAUAUUCUUGUUGACUGGAGAUUGCUUCCCUGUACCAUGUUGUCUGGUGUUCUCUUCGCGGUUGGGCUUGGGGUAUCAAGACACGGCCUCUCUGACCUGCGGGAGCCUGCUUAUAUACUAGAAAGAGGUAAGUAUUGCCUUGGGUCGAACUCAGUGAGUUAAAAGCGGCCUCGUUUGGCCGUCGGCUCGGCGUAAGACUGAGAAAGAGAAAAUGGCACCAAGAGUAACCAUUUGAGGCACCAGACUCGCCGUGUGAUCAGUAAAUUGAGUAAAUUUACAAAUAAGAGAGUUAAAAUAAAUAAAAUUGAUAAGACUGUUUAUUAAGUGUCUAUAUACUCUACAUAUAAAUUCUAAAGUCUAUAUUCAACAAUG